GUACGCCAGCCUGUCAUAUGCAUCAACAACCAUGUAUUUUGUUCAAUUUGUAUCGAUUUGUGGUUGAAGAAUAAUAGCCAAUGUCCAGCCUGCAGAGUCCCCAUCACUCCCGAAAAUCCUUGCAAAGAGAUUAUUGCUUCUCUUCAUAUCCCUUCUCCUGCCUUCAUUCAUUCACAUUUAAGUGACGUUUCAUAAAUUCUCUCAAGUAAAAUAGUUCAUCCGUCCUUGCAUUUGGAUAGAACAUCCUGAAAAAGAACAUCUGUAAAUACCUUUGCUAUCAUUUUAAGAAGGUAACCACAGCGUAAGUGAAGACCUUUCAGGAAGAAUACAUUUUGAGCGUGUUUGUAAUGAGUUAUGGACAUGAACUUAAUGCUGUGAUUUACAGUCCAUCUCCAUCGUAACUGGGUUCAGUGAAAAGACACGUUGAUCGUUUCAAUUAUGUUACUAGUAACUAGGAUCGAAGUACGGCAAAGGCCUAGAUGGCAGCCCCAAGUGAAUAUAAGGGAAAAGGAGGAACAAGUGAAAGUGAACCUAUGCUAAGCCAUACAGUCAGGAAGCACCUCCGGAAAACUAGACUUGAAUUACUCCACAAAGAAUAUGAGGAUGAAAUAGAUUGUCUGCAGAAAGAGAUAGAAGAACUUAAGAGUAAAAAUCUUAGCUUGGAGUCACAGAUCAAGACUAUUCUGGAUCCUUUAACCUUGAUGCAAGGCAACCAAAAUGAAGAUAAACAUCCAGUCGCAGAUAAUCUAAGUAAAGUUGACCCAGAAACUGUAGCAGAGUGGAAGAAAAAACUUAGAACAGCUAAUGAAAUCUAUGAAAAAGUGAAAGAUGAUGUGGAUAAGUUAAAGGAGGCAAAUAAAAAAUUAAAAUUGGAAAAUGGUGGCCUGGUAAGGGAGAAUUUACGACUGAAAGCUGAAGUUGAUAACAGAUCACCCCAGAAGUUUGGAAGGUUUACCGUAGCUGCUCUUCAGUCCAAAGUAGAGCAGUAUGAACGAGAAACCAAUCGCCUCAAGAAAGCCCUGGAACGAAGUGAUAAGUAUAUAGAGGAAUUAGAAUCUCAAAUUACACAGCUAAAAAAUUCAAGUGAUGAGAAGGAAGCUCGGAAUUCCAUUUGCCAGAGAGCACUUUCUACAGAUGGCAAGGGGAACACAGGCAGCGAGGAGGACAUGGCGUCCAAGAAUCAAGGUGAUGGUGCCAGGAAGCAGCUUGGCUCAUCCACCUCCAGUUCUCACCUGGCAAAACCUUCUAGCAGUUCUGCCAGGCAGGAAGGCACCAACAAAACAGAACCCAGUUGUUGUAAGAACAAAGACCUUUAUCAGAAACGGGCAGAAAUAAUGUUAGAUGUGACCGAUACAAGUAUGGAUACUUAUUUGGAAAGAGAGUGGGGCGGGAAGCCGAGCGAUUGUGUAGCCUACAAAGAUGAAGAGCUCUAUGAUCUUCCAGCCCCCUGCACUCCUUUGUCCCUUAGCUGCCUUCAGCUCAGUACACCAGAAAAUAGAGAGAGCUCUGUGGUCAAAGCAGGGGUUUCCAAAAAGCACCCAAACCAUCUCAGAAAAUUGGUGUUUGAUGAUUUUUGUGAUUCUCCUGGUGUUUCUAAUAAAGAUUCUUCAGAAGAUGAUAGAAGUGAAAGUGAAAAGAAAUCAGAAUGUUUUACUUCCCCAAAGACAGGGUUUUGGGAUUGUUGUUCCACAAGCUACACCCCCAGCUUGGAUUUUGAAAGCUCAGAGGGGAACACCAUAGCAAAUUCUGUUGGAGAAAUUUCUUCAAAAUUGAGUGAGAAAUCAGGCUCGUGUUUAUCCAAGAGGUUGAAUUCUAUCCGCACUUUUGAAAUGAAUCGGACAAGAACAUCCAGCGAAGCAUCAAUGGACGCGGCUUACCUUGACAAAAUCUCGGAGUUGGAUUCGAUGAUGUCAGAGUCUGACAACAGCAAGAGCCCUUGUAAUAAUGGUUUUAAGUCAUUGGACUUGGAUGGGUUAUCAAAGUCAUCCCAAGGCAGUGAAUUCCUUGAGGAACCAGAUAAGUUGGAAGAAAGAACUAAGCCACAUCUUUCCAAAGGCUCUCUAACUACUGAUCAGUUAGAAAAUGGAAAUGAAUGGAAAUCCAACUCUUUUUUUCUCCUCUCUCCAUCUGACCAAGAAAUGAACGAAGAUUUUUCACUCCAUCCCAGUUCGAACCCAGGAACCAAUGAAAUCAAACCCCCGAGCUGUUUGUUUCAGACUGAGUUUUCCCAGGGUGUUUUGUUAAGCAGUUCACACCGUCUGUUUGAAGAUCAAAGGUUUGGGUCAUCUUUGUUCAAGAUGUCCUCAGAGAUGCAUGGUCUCCAGAACCACCUUCAGUCUCCUUGGUCUACUUCCACUUCCUUUGUGCCUGAAAAGAGGAAUAAAAAUAUGAAUCAGUCAACAAAAAGAAAAAUCCAGAGCAGCCUUUCCAAUGCCAGCCCAUCCAAAGCAACUAAAAGUUGACUUAGAAGAGAGGCAUCAUUUCUGUUUUUGUCUUGAGAGGAAGAUAAGAUUUUAAAGUUAACUUUUUUCCCCUCAAAAGGUCUAUAUGAUUUGGAAUUGAUGAUCCUUAGCCAGGUGUCAAGUCAGAAUGGUGUACCCAGGAUACUUUUGUCCAUUUUAAAGAGUUUAGUUAUUUUCAUUUUCGUUUGGGAUCAUUUUGACCAGAAAAGGUAGGGAGAGGGUUUCUUUUCUUUCUUUCUUUUUUUUUUUUUUUUCUUUUUAGGGCCGCACUCGAAGCAUGUGGAGGUACCCAGCCAGGCUAGGGACCAAAUCAGAGCCACAGCUGCCGACCUACGCCACAGCCACAGCAAUGCAGGAUCCAAGCUGUGUCUGUGAUCUACACCACAGCUCACGGCAAUGCCAGAUCCUUGACCCACUGAGCGAGGCCAGGGAUCGAACCCACAACCUCAUGGUUCCUAGUCGGAUUAUUUUCUGCUGCGCCAUGGUGGGAACUCCGGGAGAGGAUUUCUUUUUAACAAAUACUGCAUGUAUCUGGUUUGGGUAUAUUUUGUUUUCUUGAAUCUUGAUUUAACUAUUCAGAUACAGUGGCUCAUUAAUAAGCCUCAGUUAUCCUCAGAACUUGUAUUUCUUAAAUAAAACUUUUGGUGUUGUCUACAUACUGCUCACAAGGCAUUCGGGUUUCUUUAAAGCUUUUCCUAGGGUGGAAAUUACUUUGCCUGCCCCCUUUUAUUUAUGUUUAGUGAUGGCCUAACUUUUAUACAAGGCCAUGAUAGAGAAACAGCACUCGAUCCUUAGUCCAAUAUACUUUUUUUUUUAAGGUUCUUUGUAUAUGUCUGCGUUUUUAACAUUGUUUUUGGUCCAGUUUUUGUGAAAACGUGUGCUAGUGUGAAAGAAUAGACUUUGAUUUGCUCAUCUUUUUGUGUGUUGAAUAUCAGAAAUUCAGCCUACUUGAGCAAGAAAGAAGGCACUGAACAGUUGGGUUUGAAGGAGCCUAAACAUAGUAGCUUCAUUACUCAAGAUAUACAUGUGCAAAAGCACUCAUUGCCAAGUUCUUGAUCCACUUACGUCCCAGGGGAGCUUUUUGUUUUUUUUGGAGGGGCGAAGUACUUGUUUGCAUGUUACUGUUCUUUGUGGAAACUGUAUAUGCAUGGUAGCAUUCUUGCUUGCACUGUUUUCCUUACUUACGAGUUUUAAUUGGCUAAUAGAAUAUCUUUUAUAUAGGGCAAAUUUUUUUUUCCAUGAAGAGUAUUAAAGGGGUGAGAACAGGUGAGCUAAGCACAAUUUUUAAUUUAGGCUCUAAAAAGGUGUUUUAUUCUAAACAUGUUUGGUGUGCCUAUAUAGGCCUUUAAAAAUGGUUUGUAUGCUAAUGACUUGUUUAUCUAAUGUGCACUGAACAUUUUACAUUAAUACUGUACUGUUUUACAUUAAUACUGCAUGCUUUUCUAUGUGAAUCGAAUAAAGGAUGGCAUAAGCACUGUAA